UGACCACGCUGCACGUUCGCUCCUUCCACAGGUAGCGCUGUAACUCGGCUUCUCUGCAUUUUGCCGGGAUGUCUCUCAUCGUUCGUUUGGUUUUGGCAGCGGCCGCCCUGGCCACUGUUCUCUCCGCUGCCUCGCCCGCCGCCACCGCCGCCAGCGUCGCCGCCGCCGCUGCGGCCGGGCGCGCAAAGAAAGACGUGGGUGCCACCGCUCCAGACGCCACUGGUCCCGCGAUCCCGCCAGUGAACCCGUACAACCCGUACUACCGCGCCCCGGCCGCCGCUGUGCCCUAUGAUCCUCGCUACCCAGGGACUGCCACGUACGAUCCGCGCUAUCCGGGUACCUAUGACCCUCGCUACCACGGCGCCGCCCACAACUACCCAGGCUACCCGGGCUACCAGGGUUACCAGGGCUAUCACAAUGGCUAUGACUCGAGGUAUUACAACAAUGCGUACCCAACGCACGCGUAUCCGGCCAACAAAUACUCUCCCAACAAGUACACAGCCAGUGACCGUUACAAUCCAGGCGCCUACGACCCGUACUAUAAAAACAAUUCUCGCUACACGCCGUACGCUCCAUACACGACCCCUUACAACGCGGCCUACAAUGCACCCUACAACGCGCCAUAUAGCGCACCCAACAACGCGGCGGUGUACUCACCUUACAACGCCAGCCCGUACGCCUACCCCGGAGCCUACGACAAGAAGGUGUGAAGGCAGGCAAAGUGGUCUGAUGAAAGAGCUUUAUUUGCAACUUCUCUAACGCUCGCUACAACUACAUAACAUUGUAUUUUUGGCAUUUUUUGUUUUAUGAAAAACUGACAAUAAAAUCUUUUCUACAUACUACAUUUUUCCAGUAUUUGUG